CGGCCGACGGACAUGCCAACAAAGUGAUCUCUUUUCUGUUCUUAUCUAUCCAGCUUAAUAUAUAACUUUAAGAUGCCAGUGUGUUUUUUAGUGCCGUCUUAGUACGCGGCCGAGCGUUAUCUUCAAUAAAUCUUACAAGAAGAUUCGGAUCGUUUUAUCUGGAAGCCGUGGUUGCCUGUGCCUGCCUCGCUUUUUCGGGGAAAAAUAGCCAAAUCUGCUGUUGUCGCUAGCGGGGAUCUUAUCUGCCCAGUCCCACCGAGGAGGAUAUCGCGUCCACCCUCGUAUAUGAGUCGAGGUCCGCCGUUCAAUCGGUUCCUUCUUACUGCUCGGUGCUUCACUCUGGAAAUAGAUGGCUAAUGUGAAGUUUUUGGUGCUCUGAAACUGCGGGAAAAUCGUGCUGAGAACCCAAGAACGGAGUGUCCCUCGUCCGUUUCCGAUAUCGGUCCAGGUACAAUUUGGUGCAGUAGUACGAAGGGAGCGAACCGCUGGUGCUCAAGAUGGGGGAGGAAAUCGCCACGGAUACUUGUGAAAAAGUGGAGUUGACCAAGUUCGGCAAGUUCUGUCGAAAGUAUGGCAUCAAUUCUAAUCUAAUUAUGCUGAAGAUCACGCUGUUUGUGAUGUACGGAGCCACAUCAUCGCUUUUACCAUAUUUAACGAUACACAUGCAGUCAAUAGGUUUAACUGUGGAAGAAAUUGCUAUUAUAUACUUAGCAUUACCAUUUACAACAUUUCUCAGCCCACCAAUUACAGGAUUUUUAGUUGAUAAGUUCGGGAAAUAUAAGCCAGUAGUUGUAAUGAGUUUACUUUUAAAUGCACUCUUUCAUCAUUCCUUAUUAUUUAUUCCACAACAAGAAAUACCAGGUGUCAUGCCUGCCGCGUAUGUGAUACGACAUCCUCAAACUGGAAACGUUGAAGUCUGGUGGUCACCAUGCCCAAGUCGAGAAUGUCCUGACGAAGAAGAAAUCGAUAUUGUUGUGGAUCAAUGUUUGGAUCAUUGUCUACUACUAGAACAGAACCCUCGAAUUGAAAUUGCCCCGCCCCCAACUAACGCUCCGAUAAUUGAACCUCCUGAUGUUGGUGAGGUUGAUGAUCUGGGUUUCUUGGUGAGCAACAAGAAACACAAAGAUCAUUCGGGACAAAAUAGGACAAAGCAUCAUAAUACUCAUCCAUCAUCGACACCGCAUCCUUUACAUAAUAAAACCCUGCUGAAUCACAUACGCCUCAAAAACGACGAAUCGAGCGACGAAAGUUGGCUCAUGUCUGACAGUGAAGAGGUCACAUUUUUCCUUUUGGACAUGCAUGCCGAUUUAGCCGAUCCCAGGGAACAAUUAGGUAUGGAAAUCGAACCGGACGACAAUGAGACGGUAACUGACUUCAAGCAAAGAUUCGGAGAGAAACUCCUUUGGGACUCGGGCGUCAAUGUAACGGCUCUGGAGGAAGAGGACUUACGCUGUGGUGGUCUUGUGACCCGGUCAAAUAUGUCGGGAAAAUAUAAUCUGAGACUCAGUGAGUUGGCAGCAGAUUGUAUGGUACAAAAAUGUCGUUUCCGACGAAAUGGACCAGAGAUCUGCCCUCCUGACUAUAAGGAGAGUGACGACAUGACGUUCUGGAUAUACUUCUUGCUUCGGUUCUUGGCGACGACCAUGUUAUCUGCUGGAGUGACGAUUAUGGACCCUAUAGCCUUGACUAUGAUUGAAAAAUACGGCGGGGACUUUGGACGUGAAAGGCUGUUUUCCAGCAUUGGGAUGGCCAUAUUUUCGCCAAUCACGGGAAUACUCAUUGACUACUCGUCACGGGGCCUGGGCUACACAGAUUAUUCAGCCGCUUUCUAUACAUAUGACGUUCUUCUCAUCAUUUCCACUAUUACCGUGAUUUUGAUGCCGUUGGGAGAGAAAUUGCCGGCCGAUAACGUGUUCCGUGAUUUAUGGAAUCUAGUGAAGAUGCCUCAUGUUAUCACGUUCAUUAUGUUCCUGUUUGCAUUGGGUAACUUCUGGGGCUUCAUAGAAAGUUUCUUGUUCUUGUACUUGAAAGAACUUGGUGCUCCAAACUAUCUACUUGGUAUCACUAUCACGGUAGGAACCGUAAGCAGCAUACCCUUCCUUUAUGGCGCAGAGAAGAUCACAAGAAUAUUUGGUCACGUGAAUCUGAUUAUCAUAGCCUUCUUUUCUCAUGCAGGACGACUUGUUGGAUAUUCCUUCAUAGAAAACGCUUGGUGGUGCUUCCCAUUUGAGGCUAUGGAAGCUCUUUCUUGUCACUUAAUGUGGGUUGCUGCUGCCACAUAUUGCUCCAUACUAGCACCGAAAAAUCUACUAGCAACACUCAUUGGUGUUUUGGGAAUGGCUCAUUUCAGUUUAGGUCGUGGUAGCGGAUCAUUCUUCGGUGGUUUCCUGAUCGCGCACUUUGGAACAAGAGAAGCGUUCCGAUACAUGGGACUGAUUGCUGUCGUUGGUGGUAUUUCGUAUGGUACCCUGCAUUUGGCAUGGUUGAGAAAGUUCGAUCACCAGGCGGAGGAUAAGGAGGACCAGGAAGCAAUGGAAAAUGGAGAAACGGAAAAGUUGACUGAGCCGGCUACUAAGGACCAAGGAACGACAAUGUCACUGGAGCGACUCAGUCUUAUGAUAAAGUACAAUCAAAUUGGCAGUUUAACAUCGCUUCCAAGAGGAUCAAGGGCCGAUAUUCAUGAUCACUUAACACAUCGACGAAGUAGUUACAACGUUGAAUCCUUACGAUCACCAAAAGUCGGUAGUGGAAGUGCAUCCAAAGUGGAUCUGCUCAAAUCAGCUCUCGAAAUCCAUCACAAGACAUCCAACAAUUCAGUAUUGAGUAACAAAACAGAUAAAACUUCGAACCAAUCACUGAGCCGUAACCGUGCAGACAGCGUGCCUAAAUUGAGCCACACCAAUAUGAAGAAUAUAUCACAACCAGCCUUGGAAGCUGUGGUCGUGGAGGGUGUUGAAACCACAUUUUUCCCAACCACUAAAAUACGAAAAUAUCCAAGUGGUUUGUUGACUACAAUUCCAGUAACGGAAUUUCCAACAUUUCCAGCCUCAAAUAUUUUGGACGAAGAGCGUCGUGAAUCCAUACCAGAAGAAGCGGAACCCACAAAUUCGACCCAGACUGCGGCUAAGACGACUGAUCAGAAGAAGAGUGACAAGAGCGACAGCAAGGAAACCCGAUAAUCUACGUGGGGAGCACUAUCUCCGACGAUGUCUAAUUGUAAUGUCAAUGUGAGGAAACAUAGUUGAAUAUUAUAUACGAGUAAUUAUAUUAAUGAGGACAAAAGGAAUUGUUUCAUGGAAACGUGGUAUCAAAUUCAAGAAGAAAUUGUUAUUGUUAAUUUAUUGAAUUAAAUUACGCAUUAAUAUUUAAA